AUGGCAAAUGAAGCUCCCGAAAUCCCGGAAUCGGAGCUUUGCUCCCAGUUGAUUGGCGCAGGGGAGAAGCUUCUCGCUCCGCCAUCAUCCGUCGAUGAAGCUCUGGGAAUCCUAAAGACUAUGGAAGAACUUUUGAGCUCGCUGGAACAACUACCAUCUCAGGCUGUACGUGAAGCCUUAGUGCCAGCGAUGAACGGGCUAGUUUCUGAUGAGCUCUUCAAACAUGACAAUAUGGAAGUUAGAGUUUCCGUAAUGUCAUGCAUUCACGAGCUCAUCAGAGUUGGAGCUCCGGAUACACCAUACAUCGAUGAUUGCAUGAAGGUCAUUUUUCGGGAGACUGUAACUAAUGUCUUCGGGAAGUUGUCUUCGUUCUCUGGUCGCUCUUAUGACCAGGCCUUGCAAAUUCUUCAUACAGUUGCGCAGGUCAAGUCUAGCUUGAUUCUGUUGGACCUGGACUGUAAUCAGUUGAUCAACCGAAUGUUCGAGACCUUUAUUGAUAACAUUCAGCCAAACCAUCCAGAUGUUGUGUUCUCAGACAUGGAGGAAAUCAUGACUUUGCUAAUUCAGGAAACUGAAGAUAUCUCAGUAGAAAUUCUGAAACCACUUCUAACUGUGGUAAACCAGGAAAACCAGAUUGAUUCUCCAACUUCCCGGAUAUUAGCUGCGAAAGUAUUGAAGAAUUGCUCUGAGAUUGUUAAACCUUAUCUCAUCGAAUUUGUGGAACAGCUGAGGAAAGACAUUGAACAUUGUACCUAUGUAAUUGCAUCAAUUUGGCCUGACAUGCCGGCUUUGGAAAAUGAGAUGAAUGAGACAGACAAGGAUGCCACUGAUGUGCCAUUAAUCCCAGAGGGCAGCACAUCCACCCAAAUGGACAAUUAUGAAAGCUCAUUAGUGAAUGAGCAGACUUCAAAGGCAUUAAUUGUCCAUGAAAAUCAUGAAAAGAUGCCAAUUAUUGCUAUAGGAUCUGUUCAAGAUGUCACUACAGAAACUGGAGGAGAAGUACUUCCCGGAGGAGGGGUGAAGAAUUCAAUGACACUAGCAGACAAUCAGCACAUUGAACAGAUGAAAUUUCCUCCUAAAGAAUCUGUGGAAGAACCUGAUGCUUUGGAAACCAAAGGAAUGGGAAAGAAAACAUGCACUGAAGCACUUCCUGUUGGAAAGGCAAACACUUUACAGAUAGCAGGCACUGAACAGAUUGAGCAGGUGCAAAUUCUUGGUAAAGAAUCUCUUCAAUCGGGCACGUCAGAGUCUGGAAAAGGACUAAAGCAUUCUGUGGUCAGCGGUGACAAGAGUUCAUCUGAAAAUCCAGGGAAGCAGAGUAAUUAUGGGAAGCGGAAAAGCUUACCAGGGAAGAAAGGUAAGAAGAAAAAGACUGGGAAGGAAGAUUGCGAUGCUGAAGUUCUUCCAAAGGGUUGUCGGAAACCUGAAGAUGACAAAGAAUAUGGAGAAGAGUUGGUCGAUUCCAGGAUACUAGUCUGGUGGCCGGAAGACCAACAGUUUUAUGAGGGAAACGUUACGAAAUAUGACCCUGUCAAGAGAGAGCAUCAGGUGGAUUAUCUUGAUGGCGAUGUGGAGGUUUUGACGUUAAUAAAGGAGCGAUGGUUACUGCGCGUAAGUGAUGAGGCACCAACAGUGAAGAGGCGCUCCAAAAAACCUCGGACUGUGAAAGAACACCGUGCAGAGAUCGUUGACUCAAGGGUGAAGGAAGGUGUUGCGGGCCAAUGA